AUGAGUAAACUUCCAUCAAAGAAAAAAGAUCCUAGCAUCUUUGUUAUACCAUGUUCCAUCAGUGAUAGAUUUGGAAGAGUUUUUUGUGACUUAGGGUCACACGUAAAUCUGAUGCAUAAGUCCAUCUUUUUGAAACUUGGAAUGAGUAAUGCUCAACCAACCACUGUGAUUUUACAACUAGCUGAUCGAUCACAUGUACGUCCUGAAGGCAGAAUUGAAGAUGUAAUUGUGAAAGUGGACAAGUUUGUCUUCCCAGAUGAUUUCCUCAUUUUAGAUUUUGAAGCUGAUAAAAAUGGCUCUAUUAUCCUUGGACGUCCAUUCUUAGUUACAGGGCGUAUUCUAAUAGAUUGUGAGAAUGGAGAGUUCACAAUGAGGGUGGCUGAUCAAAGCGACGAUUAA